UUAAUGAAUGAAAAUAUUUUGAUUGGUUUUGAUGAUGAACUGAAAUAAUAUAAUAAUCGGAGUAGAUUUUCUUUUGUUGAUGUGUUAGAGUUUAUUUGGAUUGGAGUUGAGAUGUGAAGUUAAUGGAAGGUGGUUGAAAUUCGAGUUCAGCUGUGAUUGGUCUGAUCUGGGUCAAUUUGAAUGGCUGCGUAGGAUAGCUUGUUCUGUCAAUGUUGAGUGGGAGUUUUGUUGUACACACUGCAUAAAGAUUACUGGAAAUGGUUACUUUACAAGCAUGUUCUGUUUUUUAUUUUUCCAUGGUUGCAAUUAUUUGAAGUUACUUUGUCUCGUACUGUUUCUUCCUUUUAAAGAUGUUUACUUUUUAAAUUUAUGUCGUGGGUACAUCGGCUCUGGGUUAUGUCAAAGGUUUAUCCAAAAAUGGAAUAAACAUGAGAAUGAUUAAUGCGAUUUACUCUCUAUUUACCAAAUUUGGUGGACUUUUAGGUCUUAAGUUGCGACAAGUUUAAGGAAUUGGAGUGAGAUAUUUUUAUUGGAAUCUAGUGCUGCCACUGCUUUAAAUAAGAAUGGGAUCUCAAAUGAACUUUGGUGACGCCUCACACGGUGAGAUAUAGACUCAAGGGAGUUUCCCCUUGGUUCGACAACCUUCAGUUUACUCACUGACCUUUGAAGAGUUUCAAAACACUUGGGGUGGGCUUGGAAAGGAUUUUGGCUCAAUCAACAUGGAUGAGCUACUGAAAAAUAUUUGGACUGCUGAAGAGAGUCAAGCUAUGACUUCUUCAGCUGUUGCUGGGGUGGAAGGAAGUAUCCCUGGUGGGAAUUUGCAAAGACAAGGAUCAUCAACUUUGCCUCGAACAUUGAGUCAAAAGACUGUUGAUGAAGUUUGGAAAGACUUGAUGAAAGAAACUGGUGGUGGUGCCAGGGAUGGGAGUGUUGGCAGCGGCAAUGCAUUAAAUGUGAUACAGAGGCAACCGACUCUGGGAGAGAUUACACUGGAGGAGUUCUUGGUGAGAGCAGGAGUAGUGCGAGAGAAUACUCAACAGAUUCCGGAAGGGCCAAAUAAUGUUGGACUUUUUGCGAAUAAUGGCAAUACGAGUUUAGCUCUUGGAUUUCAGCAACCAAGUAGAGACAAUGGGCUGUUGGCUAAAUGUGUAAUGGCGAACAGCAAUUCAGUUCCUGGCCAGCCUUCUGGUUUGGCACUGAAUGUUGGUGGAGUCAGCUCCUCACAGCAACCACAGCAGCUGCAACAGCAUCAGUAUCAACCUCAGCAGCAGGGGCCCCUCUUCCCUAAGCAAGCAACUGUGGCUUUUGCCUCUCCAGUGAAUUUAGUGAACACAACACAGCUUACUGGAACUUCUCCGAGAGCAAGGGAUCCAGUUGUCAGUGUUGCAAACCCAUCUAUGAAUAACAAUUUAGUUCAGUCUUGUGCACUGCAGAAUGGAGGAAUGGGCAUGGUUGGUUUAGCUACUGGGGGUGUCACGGUUGCAACAGGAUCUCCUGCUAGUCAAGCCUCUCCAGAUGUGAUUGCAAAGAGCUCCGCUGAGUCUUUGUCACCACUUACUUGUGUGAUUGGUCAGGGAAGAAGAAGCAGUGCUCUAGAGAAAGUAGUUGAGAGAAGGCACAGAAGAAUGAUUAAGAACAGAGAGUCAGCUGCUAGAUCAAGGGCCCGCAAGCAGGCCUAUACAUUGGAACUCGAAGCAGAAGUCGCUAAACUUAAGGAAAUGAACCGAGAAUUGCAAAAGAAACAGGCGGAAAUAAUGCUAGCUCAGAAAGAUGUGCUUUUGGAGAAAAUGAAACAGCACUACGGAGGCCGGAGGCUAUACCUGAGGAGGACGAUGACAGGUCCGUGGUAGAGUUGCUGAACCAGAUUGCUGACGAUAAGAAAUUUUUUUGAAUACAUAAUCUGUGUUAUCAAUAUGGUACGAGGAUUGGUGUAUGUGUCCGUGAACCCUGUCUAAUUUCAUUAAGGGUAAGGAGUUGGGUGGCUUUAUGCAUAAGCAGACCGUUGUAACUUAUGGGCUGAAAUUAGUUUUAACCACUUGUAGCUCUGAAACUUUUGUGUCUCAUUUGAUAGUAAGAGUAUAGUUGAAUAGUUAAUCAAAAUGUAUGCUCCACCGUGUCAUUACCGUCUAGCUGCAGACUUGGUUAGUUUCUAACCUUCAUAGACCUGGAUUUAUGUAUUGAAUCACUAAUUACAUAUUUUAUAACUGAGUACAUGGUGAAAAACAAUAUCUUUGUU